GUGUUUUCCGGUUUACAUGAUUUCAAAGAUUUUCCGAAGGAAAGUGUUGAACAGUGACUGAUAUGCAUCGUUCAUUCAAAUGACAAGUAUUUUCUUUUCAAAGUAACAUUAAUCUUAAAACGUAGAAGAAAAAAGACAACAUGGCACAUGGAGAUGGAAUCUCGAAGGACAUGUUCUACCAGAUCAGUCUACAGCAACAAGGAGGACUGAGGAGACCUACAACAGCUCCUAAAUGUCUAGAGGGGACAGGGAUAAAGGCACCUACGAUGUCCAGAACGGCCCAUACCACUGCAUAUACCACACAAAGAGAACAGAAAUACAUCCCUGGUCUUACGCAAGCUCCUCCCUCCUCAGCUUCCCUGCCCCCCACUCUAGCAACACAAACUCAAGGUAUCACGCAACAGCCAGCUAAAAGCACCCCUAAGAAAGUACCAAAAGCAUUGAUCGAUGCAUUCUUAAGUGGGAAGAAAAAUCCGGUGAGUGCAAUAAUGGAGUAUUCAUCCAUGGUGAGGUACACGACCACAUUUCAUGAAACCUCCGUUGAUCAUCCAUCCAUCGUGGACCGUUUUGCCAAUUAUUGUGAGAUAGAAGGCAUUGGUAAAUUCCCUCAGGGAACGGGGAAGACGAAGAAAGAAGCGAAAACAAAUGCGGCAAAGAUUGCAUUCACGGCACUCUUAGGUGUUGAAGAGGAUGAUGUUGAAGAUGAAAAAGAAUCUGGUAAAGUACUAUUUGAUUCUCAUGGACGUAAGAUUGUGAUGAAGAGCAAUGUUAAUGAGCCUAGCAGACCAGCCGUCCAAGAAGAAGAUACCAAUGAUGAAUACAUACCAGGUGCACAUGGGCAAAGUACAUCAAUCGCUGCCCUCAGUAAGAACCCAGUGUCUGUAUUACACGAAUAUUGUCAGUCUCGGAAGAAACCAUUUACAAUAGAAAUCGAGGACAUCCCAGGCCAAAGUGGGUUCUCUGCAACUGUACACAUAGAUGGCAUGCGUGUAGCUUCAGCUGCUGCACCAAAUAAAAAAGAUGCAAAAAGAGAGGCAGCUGAUGUAGCUGUGUCUAUACUUCUUGCUUAUGAUAAGCCAGAGGAAGUGAAAGAAGAACUCGGUCACUAUGACAAGAUGGCUGCUCUAAGUCACAGUUGUCUGCACAAACACCUCAUGGCAGUACCAGAACACUAUGCUGGACGCAAAAUCCUGGCUACAUUCAUCAUAAAAAGAACACCCAAUGAUGAUGGAGAAGUUGUUGCCAUGGGAACUGGUAAUACCUGUAUCACCGGAGACAGACUAAGCAUGGAUGGACGUACACUGAAUGACUGCCAUGCUGAGGUGAUUGCUAGAAGAUCUCUUUUAAGAUAUUUGCUCAAAGAAUUGAAAAUGUUCUACGAAGGGAGCAUAGUGCAUUCCAUUUUUGAGGAGAAAGAGGGCACCACUAAACUUGGACUAAAAGAGCAUAUCUCUUUUCAUCUUUACAUCAGUAAGGCUCCCUGUGGAGAUGCUGCCCUCUUUAGUCCAAGACAAGAAAAUCCUCUUAGUGAUGCUGAUUUAGAACUGAUGAACUCGGGUGCCCACUAUCCAACAUUUCAACAUGAUACGCAAGGGAACCUGAGAACAAAAAUAGAACUAGGUGCAGAAAAUGAGGAUGGUGAAGGUACAAUCCCAGUUGAUAAAAGCAGGCCUUACAUUCAGACCUGGGAUGGUAUCAUGCAUGGAGAAAGGCUGCGAACCAUGUCCUGUAGUGAUAAACUUCUACGCUGGAAUGUCUUGGGCUUACAAGGGGCCCUUCUCAGUCAUUUUGUGAGCCCUGUAUAUGUCAGCUCAAUAAGUAUAGGCUCUUUAUAUGAUCAUGGCCAUCUUACACGUGCAAUAUGCUGCCGUCUACCUGAUGAACUCACUCACCAGGUACCACCAAACAGUGGUUUUUAUUUGUCACAUCCGCAUGUAGGACGUGUCACUCAUUACGAUCCAUCCAGGGACGUUGAAAAAUCCAACACUUUAAGCAUAAACUGGUCUCACGAAGAUGACAAGGUUGAAGUCGUAGAUGCAAGGAUAGGGAAAAGCACACCAAGGUCCCCAUUUAGGACAAGUGCAUCAGGUGCUAGUAGACUCUGCAAGAUGGGAUUUUACCACAGGUUUAAAGAACUAGCUAAAUUAGCAAAAAGAUAUAAACUCCUUGAUGCCAAAAACUAUUAUGAAGCCAAAAUGAUGAACAAGGAUUACCAGACAACAAAACGGAUUUUAUUUAGUGUAAUAGAAAAUACAGGUUAUGUUGGGAAGAGUUGUCUUGGGGAUGAGUUGUCUUGGGAUGAGAUGUUUUGGUAUGAGAUGUCUUGGGAUGAGUUGUCUUGGGAUGAGAUGUCUUGGGAUGAGAUGUCUUGGGAUGAGCUGUCUUGGGAUGAGUUGCUUGGGGAUGAGUUGUCUUGGGAUGAGUUGUCUUAG